AUGGUUUCUCCAAGACUGCUGAGCGAGAAGGUGGCUGCAAUAACGGGGGGAUUGACAGGCAUAGGACGUGCCAUUGCUCUAGAAUAUAUCAGACAGGGCGCCUACGUAGCUGUCAACCAUCUCGGGCUGGACCAUGAACAGGAAUUGAUAUCAACGCUGAAGCAAGAGGUUGCAGACAUCCUUGCUUCUGAAAGCAAGGAGAUUUCAUCUAGUCGAAGGCUCAUCACUGUCGCCGGAGACGUUUCGUUGCCAGAGACAGGGACUGAUUUCAUCAGAGAGACAGUAUCGGCCUUUGGUCGACUGGAUAUUUUCGUCAGCAAUGCUGGAAUAUGCGAGUUUAAAGAAUUCUUAGAGAUAUCGCCUACGCUGUUUGACAGAACUACAUCUGUCAACCUAAGUGGUGCAUUCUACGUCACCCAAGCAGCUGCUCGGCAAAUGGCACUAUCCCAGUCUCCUCCAGGAGGGUCGAUAAUUGGAGUUUCAUCCAUAUCUGCCCUUGUUGGUGGUGGCCUUCAAGCCCAUUAUACCCCUACAAAGGCUGGUAUCUUGUCAUUAAUGCAAUCCUCUGCCGUAUCUCUGGGGAAAUUUGGAAUCAGAUGCAAUGCCUUACUGCCCGGAACAAUACGGACGGGACUCAACGAGGAGGACUUGAAGGAUGAUAAGAAAAGAACGUACAUGGAGGGUAGAGUGCCUCUUGGCCGUCUAGGUGAACCCAAGGAUUUAGCUGGUCCUGCUGUGUUCCUAGCUUGCGAUGAACUGAGUGGUUACGUGGUGAGUGUAAUUACUUUGGCAGAUUUUUUAUCAUAA